GCAAGCGUCAGAGAUUACAUUGAUAAGAAGAUCCGCGCCUUUAUAUGUGCGAGCUCGAAACAGGGGCGUAAAAUCUAUUUGGUAGACUGGGAGACGAUCUGGAGACCGAAGAGGGAGGGACCUAUGAGUCAGGGAUGCUACUCGAACAAAUGAGGCCUACAUGUUGAAGAUAUUCUGGCGGCUUCUUACGAAGCCGAUCGAUCUUUGGGCGCGCGUCAUACUAGCGAAGUACUGCUCCCAGACCGAGGGGGCUUGUAACUCAAAACCAGCGGGCGACUAUCUAACCUAUGGCAUGGUGUUCUGCGAGUCAAACAUUUGGUUGAUGAUGCUACUUCUUGGAACAUCUAGAACGGAUGGGUGGCUAGAUUCUGGAGCGACCGGUGGCUAGACGAUUCGACCGUUCUCCGGGAUCAUGCCCCUAACCUCCCCCAGGGAUGGAGGUGACUCGACUCUACUGUCACUCCAGGAAUUGGCCAAGUGAAACCACUUCCUAAAGCGUAGUAUAGCGGGUUUGGGUUUAAUUAUCAACCCGGGUCCUAGAUAUGAUGACUACUCAGUGAAUUCGUGUUAUCUAGCAAUGAAACUGGAAUGCAAGUCUAAACUAUCAAACUAACAAAGCAAACAAACUGGUUGUAUUCAAGUUAAAGAGGUCACCCGGAUAUGGUUCCCCCUAGACUGCAGUUAAGCCGGAUUGUAAUUACCAAGUUCAGUUUCUAUGAAAGUUAUACUGCGGAAGGUUCUUAAACAGCCUGAAGUCUCGACUAAAGGUCUUCAGACCCUCUCAAUCUGAAUCUCUAGCGGGCGACUAACCUCCACCGGAGUAGACAGAUUGAGGCCCUAAGAACAAAACCUCCACUACCGGAGUAAAUCCGGUACAGAAUAGUGAGUUGGCUCCUCGACUAAAGUCACCAACUCCCUACCUUCAAUCAAGGAUACUCUAUUAACCUAGGCAGAUAUUCUCAUUCUAGGUUAAAGCAGAAACAACAGGAAUUUGAUCAGGAUUCAAGUCAUUCAAUCAUUAAAACCUCAAUCGAAUAUAAUCAAUCAUAGAAUCAGUACUUGGGUUCAUACAAUCAAAGCCUAACACACAAAUCUAGGGUUCUCCAUACCCAGAUGAAUGGGAGAACUACUCCAUAGAGAAGAAAGCAAAAGCAGAAUCAGACACGGAAUUCAUACUGCGAAGGAUGGAUUCCUGCUUCUGGACGUUGAUCAGCACUUCUCCAAGCUCAAGCUGGCCUCCAAUGGUGUUGAAGAUCAAUAUAGGGCACUUGGGAACUCUUGCUCGUCACUUUCUCUCUCUAGGAAUCGCUCUCUUUCUCAAAAACCCGAAUCCUCCCGAAUUGUGGCUGAAAAUCUGCUUAAAAGGAGAAAACCCCGACUCACACGGCCAGGGUGGCACGGCCGUGCAGCUCACCCAGUUGCCCGUGUGAGUCAAAACGCAGCGUAUCACUUAGUUGAAUUCCAGGCUCUUUGCACGGCCAGAAUGGCACGGCCGUGUGAACUCUCCUUCCUGCCCGUGUUUGCUCUCGCAAAAUGUGGCACGGCCAACCCGGCCACUUGCACGGCCGUGUGGAUUGUCUGCUCUGCCCGUGUGUGCUCUCGACAAAACUCGCACGGCCAGGCCAUUCCUUCACACGGCCGUGUGAACAUCAGGGCAGCCCGUGUGACCUCCUUUGUGACUUGCCUCGCGCCCGAUCUUCGCCCAAUCGACCCCGAACUCGCUCCUAAACCUUCAUUCACUUGCCAGGACCUGAAAUAUCACAAACAAGCACAACCUAGCGUGAAAUCGGUCUAAAACAUGAGAAACCACAUCUCCAACGGUGUAAGAACAGGGGUGAAAACAUGUGUAACUAACGGUCUAUCAAACUCCCCCACACUUAACCGUUUGCUUGUCCCCAAGCAAACCUAACUCAAACCAAUGCAACUCUCCAGACCUCUAUAGCAACAAACAACCCAGAUCGUAGGUAGAGGACUUCCUAGAUCAUUUAGCAGCUUACGAGGUCAACCGACGCACAAGUCAUCUCAUAACUUCUUCUCGAGUCGGUAUCAUGGCAAAUAGUGAACAGAGGACAAAUGAAUCGUGGAUGAAGAGAUUCUCAAAAACAAAGGAUCAUGGACUCA